UACCUACUACCCACUCGAUGACUACCUAACUCAAGUGUGACGAACGAGUGGGUGGAGCGUGAUUUCGAUACAGAUUACAUACUUGAAUCCCACCCCACCCACCUACCUACCUUGAGGGAAGGACAAUGAGUAACGAAGAGAAUGGAUUCGAAAGCCUGGCCCAUCAUAACCCUGACCUCCCUUUUCUUCUUCUUCGUUUUUGUGUCUGCCACUUACUACUUUCCCAAACAAUGCGUGACUACUGCUCUCCCACGCCGUGUGGCGCAUCCCGCGGGAUAUGUACGGCGUGUCUAUCCCUUUGCGAUGCAGUUUACUAUAAUACAGUAUCCUGUAUACAGCUUCUUCUCCUACGUCUGCCCUGCUUCGUCAUUCAUUCACUAUAGGGUUGUGGGUGAUGGGAUGCUGCGUCCUUGUCGUCCUUGUUCUUGUCGUUGGCAUCGUGUCAGUUGUGCUGGUGGGGGGAAAUCUGGAUGGAGUGUUGAGUACACGAACUAUCUAUCUAUCGGACGAAGAGGUGUAGGGAAAGAAAUGGGGCGAUUUGAUCGAGUCGGAGGGAGCAUCACAGGUCAUUGGGGAUUUUCCCCUUCUUCCCUGCUUGUGUACAUGUAUGGUAAAAGUAGGAGGGGGUUAAAGAGGGAGAGGUAUGUUCUCCUUUCAAGUACGUAGCUAGGCAUACUAUCGUCCUGAUCGAUGGGGUUUUUGUCGUACGGAAUGGCGGACAGCGAGGAUAGCGAAGGGGGUAUGGAACGAUUGUCACACGUGGCAGAGACCGAGUGCACAGGGAAAGUGAUGGAGUUUCAUAAAUUGAGAUUCGAUGGUCUGAUGUAGUAGGUAAGACAUAUUGCCGGGUACCUGAGCUAGCUGGCAUUCAACCUGUUUUGUUGUCUUUGGAAAGAAAAAUAUGUCAAGAGGCCGUCUCGGAGCUUUCCCUUGCUACAGAAUAAAGUGAAGAAGAAAGGAAAAAAGAUAUCAACGGGGUCACAAAAAGU